GGUGAGAGUUGAGAGCUGAAAGGUGGCACUGUGGAUGCCUGUCUUUUUAAUCGGAAUGGGAGUGUAAAACUGUGGGUGAUUAGGAGAAAGUUUGAAACUGGAGCGUUGGAAAUAGCUGAAAGUUAUUAAUGAUCUAGAACUGAGUGGGCUAAAAUCAUGAGCAAAAGAAAGUCUAAAGAAAACUGCUUAACACAUGGAGAAUGUAUUUCACAGGCUCAGAGAAUGUUACGGGAAAGAUUUUGUCACCAGAAGAUUCCUGGUAAACCAUUUGGAGUUGAAUCCCAGCACAAACAUUUGCUAGAGCUACUGAAGAGGACAGCUGUCCAUGGAGAGAGUAACUCUGUCCUCAUUGUGGGUCCCAGGGGUGCUGGAAAGACAAUGCUGCUGAACUGUGUCUUGAAUGAGCUGCUGGAAGUGAAACAUGUGCAGGAGAAUGUUUUACAGGUUCAAUUAAAUGGUUUAUUACAGACUGAUGACAGAAUUGCUCUGAAAGAAAUUACUAGGCAGCUGCAUCUGGAAAAUGUUGUUGGGGACAAAGUUUUUGGGAGCUUUGCAGAGAAUCUUGCCUUUCUUCUUGAAGCUUUGAAAAAAGGUGAUCGUAGCAGCAGCCGCCCAGUCGUCUUUAUUCUGGAUGAAUUUGAUCUGUUUGCUCACCACAAGAACCAGACUCUUCUUUACAACCUGUUUGACGUCUCCCAGUCAGCCCAGACUCCUGUUGCUGUGAUUGGACUCACGUGUCGACUUGAUGUCUUGGAGCUGUUGGAAAAGAGAGUGAAGUCCAGAUUCUCCCACAGGCAGAUCCAUUUACUCAGUUCUUUUAGGUUCAAGCAGUAUCUGGAGAUUUUCAAGAUGCAGUUAAGUUUACCCGAGGACUUUACAGACAGGAGGUUUGCGGAAGAAUGGAACCAAAACAUUAAGUCUUUAUGUGAAGACAGAUCUGUGGAAGACGUCUUGCAGAAACAUUUUUGCUCCAGUAAAGAUUUCCGAUCACUGCAUAUGCUGCUGAUGCUUGCUCUGAGUCGAGUGACAGUAUCUCACCCAGCCAUCAAACCCACAGAUUUGCUGGAAGCCAGCCGUCUCUGCACAAUGGAUUCCAAAGCCAAUAUUCUACAUGGUCUGUCUGUGUUGGAGCUCUGUCUGAUUAUAGCCAUGAAGCACUUAAGUGACAUUUAUGAUGGGGAGCCCUUCAAUUUUCAAAUGGUCCAUAAUGAAUUCCAAAAAUUUAUUCAAAGAAAGUCACAUUCAGUACAUAAUUUUGAAAAGCCUGUAGUUAUUAAGGCUUUUGAGCACUUGCACCAGCUAGAACUAAUAAAGCCAAUGGAAGGACCCUCUGUAAGAACACAGAAAGAAUAUCAACUGGUAAAACUUCUGCUGGACAACAGUCAGAUCAUGGACGCCCUGCAGAAGUACCCACAAUGCCCUACUGAUGUCAAACAGUGGGCGACUUCUGCUUUUGGAUAAAUGCAGCAAAAAGUGUAUAUAGGAGUUGCGAGCGGCUAGUGAGCAGUGUUCUGAUUAGUUUAUCUAGUUCAGUAUCUUUGACAAGAUUUUGGCUUACUCUGCACAUGUCCAAUUAUUAUCUGGGUGUAGUAAAGAUGGCGAGUCAGGGGAGGUGUAUAUCUUUGUGCCUUAGGUUUUCAUCAAGCAAUACAUGCUCUUGUGAUUGGUAUUAUUGUGUACAUUUGAACAUAAUCACUGUAAUAUAACACAACAUUGGAAAGGGGUGCUGUUGUUUAUUUCAUGCCAUGUGUUGUGUCUGGUUCCUCCCCCAACUCCUACUCCACACAGCGUUUCUUCGCACAACUCCUGUUCUGCCUUUUUAAGUGACAUUUCAGUUCAGUACUCUGUACACUCAGAAAACCACUAGACAUGUGCAAAGAUAACUUUACCAGGAUCCUGCAACAAUUGCAAGCAAGAUGAAACAAACUGAAAUGUUAAACCCACACACAAUCUGGUACUACUUAGUGCUUUAUCAUGGGCCAUUAUCUGCCUUUGUUUUGCAUUUAAAAAAAUAAAUAAAAAUACAUUUUAGUGUUGAAGCUUUUUGUUAUUUGUUUUUUUGCUAUAAGUACUGCCAUGUAGAUUUGAACCAAAAUAUACUGUUGGAUAACUGAGAAUACUGGAAAUAGUACUUAAAGUUCAGUGUCAUAGUUUUAAAGGAUAUAUCGAUAUUUGUACCAUGUUAUAGUAAAUUACCGCUAAUUGGAUCUGCAUAAAAAAAAAAAAAAUAAUAAUGAAAAAAUUGGUUUAUACUUUUUCAUAUGUAGAAUCUGUCAUAAAAAAUAAAUGUGUUUAGGACUGAGCAAAUCUGACAUUUUGUUUUUUUAAUGGAUCAAUUUGUCGUCUUGUGUUUAUUGAUUGUCAUUGGUGUAGUUCUCUUGCUAUCUCACUAUUAGCUCAUAAGCACAAUUAAAGGGUACAUAAGGACCUUUUUAUUU